AUGUUACAACGAUUAAACAUAUCAUUAUACCAAUCUCAUAUUGCCAGGAGACAGCAACAACGAUUGCUAAAUUCAGCUCUUUCUUAUGCGAGGAAUCAUCUCCAUAAUUCGUGUCAAUCGUCAACAUCACGACGUCCGGCAUCAUCACCAACAGACCAUGUUCUUGCCAAGAUAACACAUCAGCAAUCACGAUUUCUCGUUUCUUCUUCCCAAACGAACUUUGACAAUCAUCAAAAGUCGUCCGAAAUUACUACCAUUCCGCCAUCAUCUUAUAUUCGAUUGUCCAAACGCAUGAGUGAACUGGACAUUUGCAGUCGACGGGAAGCCGAUCGACUGAUUAGGAAUGGCAAAGUAGUGGUGGAUGGACAAGUUGCCAUGUUGGCCGAAAAGGUUCCUCCCGAUCUGGAGAAGGGUCAAAUAUCGAUUCGAAUGUUUUCGGGGAAUGACCAUGAGGAUGAGGAUGAUUCGGUGGAUGAGGAACACAAUCAUCAUCAUGCUAGCACUAGCAACACGAUGACGACAACAAUUGUCAUGAACAAACCACUUGGAUACGUUUCAGGCCAGGCCGAACAUGGACAUCCUCCGGCUAUUAGACUCCUUACAAGGGACCGAUUGUGGGAGUCCAACAAGGAGGAUGAUAUAACAACGACAACUACAACUGCAACAACAACAACAACUACUACUACUACUACCAACGAUGACAAUGGCAAUCCUCCUCUUUUACUUCCAUCUACCUGGAGAGGGUUUGCACCCGCCGGACGAUUGGAUUUGCACAGCACCGGCCUUCUAGUACUUUCUUCCUCUGGAGUUGUGGCCAAGAAAUUGAUUCAUCACCAUUCCAACGUAUCCAAAGAAUACAUUGUGGAUGUAGAACCAGCCUACCAAGUAUCAAAACGAGAAAGGGACUUGGAUCCCAACUUUGAUUUGCCCAAACCACCGUCGAACGAUUUGACGCCCUUGUUGGAGGGUGGAAGGACGCUGCUUGGAAGUGACCACAAACCACUCUUGCCUUGUGUGGAUGCUGAAUGGACGGAGAAAGGAAAGACAUUGCGUCUCGUAUUGGUGGAGGGGAGGAAACACCACAUUCGCCGACUGUGUCGAGAGAUUUUGGGAUACCACGUGGUCAAACUACAACGAGUACGUAUUGGUCCUAUUGAGCUAGGAGAUCUGCCAGAAGGGUGUUGGAGACCAGUUUCACAAGAAGAACUAGACGGCAUUAUGGAAUGA